AUGUCCCUCGACCCUGGAGGAACUGUUGUUUUGUGUGUUAGCUGUACCUUCGGUCACGGUGAAUUGUUAGCAUUCGAGGAUGAUUAUCUCCAAACCAAGGUGCACUACAGACACACUUGCGAUGCUAACAUGGUGCCGGGUGACGGUAAGCUUUUAACGGUAGCGUCGCUACCAUCACCACCACCACCACCAGCUCCGACGGCGACGAUAACCACCGGAACGAGGAGUCUGCUGGCAGAGAGGCUGUUGCUCGCGCAGUCUCCUCGGCGCGUAGGCUCCCAAUACACCGACACUGCUCCUCUGACCCUUCAAGGCGCGCAGUCGAAGCAGAGGAUCAAAGAUGUCGGAGACGGAAGGUGAGGUCUUUACGAGACGGCGUCACGAUGUUCUUUGAAUAUCUCUGGCCUACGAAUAUUCGUCUAUCGUAGAUACGUAGAUAACGAACGAGCGACGAAACACUCAGGGAAAAUAAAAAUAUAUUCGAGCAGUAGCAGAGAGCAAUGAUUUCCACAGCAUCAUCGAGGGAGAGAGCGGAAGAUCCAGCUCGGUGGACUACUUAGACA